AUUAUCUCGAUCAUAUUUCAUCUAAAUAAAUAAUUCCAAAUUACAUUUAGUAAAUAAAAAAAUAACUUCUUGUUAGAUUAUUUGUUAUCUAAAAUAUCGUAUAAAUUUGUUCUUUUUUUUACAAGCAAUUAUAAAGGAAUAAUAUGGAAAAGUUUUAUUGGCAAUAUAGAAAUAGCCUUGGUUGCAAUAUUUAAAAAGGGAAAAAUAAAAAAAUGCUUUUAUAUUAAAUUUCUGAAUAUGCGAAAUUUAAGUAACACGGAAGCAACUUAUUCUAUCCUAAGAGAAUAAAAUAUUUAUAAAAUAAAUUACAUAUAUGUAACAUAUAUGUAAUAAUCCGUCCUCUUUUUAGUAGAGGUACUCUUCCCCCUUCCUUUAUUAGAAACAGUGUUAAAUGAGACAACCAUUUUACAAAACUAGUUGUAAUAAUUGAGUUUGUUGUGGUGUUUCGAAGCAAAUUGCGCAGAUAACAGUCGGCAUAUUUGAUGGCAGUAUCGCGCUAUUUUCGUUUACUACAAAUUACACUAUCACAUACCUGUCAGUAAAUGCGAAUUUAAAUGUGUUUUUAAGUGUUUUUACUGCGAUUAUUAAGAUAACUGUAUAACUAAAUAAGUAACAUAGACACAACGGUUAAUAAUAUAAUAAUAAUAAUAAUAAUACCGAAUAUGUAACAAUAUGUACAUUACUUAUGAUAUAAUGAGCCCAGGAGUGCUUAUAACGUUAAGAAAUCACUAUAAUGGUUAAAAUUACAAAGCCAUAAGUUAAUUUUUUAAGCAACCCGUGAAAGAGUCAAUUCUCAAUUAUCUCAUCCCUAUACAAUACCUCAUUACAUCGUUAUCCAAUAAAAAAAAGGGAAGGAAUGCUAGCCGAAUGUAAAAAUGUCGUAUAUCAAUGAAAUUAAUACACGAUGUUAUAAAGUGACUUAUAUACUAUACAAGCAAAUCAACGCCAGAUUUAUGUACAUGUACGAAAGGAAAACAACAAUGUCGUUUAUAUAAGCCAUAACAAUCAAUAAAAAGAAACCAAUAUGAAUAUAUCUGCUUUUUAAAGAAAGAGCACUAUCGCAUUUUAAACAAUAUCGAGUUGGCUAUGAAAAUAUGUAUUUGUUUAGUCAAUUUGACAAUAUGUCUGAAAUAAUAGACUUUAUAAGCAACUAUCAUGAUGACUGACGACGUGUUAACUCACGACAUCGUACGAAUUCUUGAAAAAAAUGUGAGUUAAUGUAUAAAUAUCGAAACAACAAAACUGUUUCAUGUUUAUAUGUGUAAAUUUCGUAGAAAAUUAUGUGCAGUCAAUUUGAUGCAUUUAUACAUAUACUCUCUUGGCAUGUACUCUGUACAGGUGAGUAUUCUCAAGUCAGAAGGUCAAGGUUCGGACGUCACUCUUGAAUUUUGCGAUAAAUUCGAGUUAUUUGGUAAACUCUCAGGCAAUCUAACAGACAAACUCCAAUCAUUAUUAUAUUUAUCCGAAAAUUACACUUCCGCGAGCGACUUUAAGCAGUUCGUAAACGGGAUUGUUGGUUUAUGGAGCUCUGUUAAUAAGCAGGUUUGUGAAAAAUGUUCCAAGAUUCAGAUGGGCAGUCGUACACUAUCGGGGAUACCGUUAUCGUUGCUCCUUGAAAAAAUAAAGAAAGAGAAAUCUUUAACAAGGGAGUUGUUACAUAUUCGCGAGACUACAUACAGUCAUGAAUAUCUCGCUAGGUGCUACGUUUUGAUAAAUGAAAUUGAAGAUCUAUUACGCGAUCUUGAAAGAUCCGAUGAUAAGUUACAGCAAUACAUAGCUGUAUUAAAGUUGAAUCCAUUCCUUAUCAAAUUAGAAUCUAUUGUAGACACAUAUAUCUCAAACAUUGAAAUAUCACCAAUUGACAAAUCUAAGAAUCCAAAACUGGAUACUUUCCCAAUUGUGGUAAAACUUCUCACCGGUGAGUUAUUGGACGACGAACCUAUGGACCCAUAUCGCGUUCUAGCAGAUAACGCGCCCAAGAAACCAGUAUUCAUCAUAAAGAUAAAACGCAGAACGGACGUUUCAUCGAUGACGGUCAUGGAAACGAUAUAAAACGAAAUUACGUGUUAUGAAAGAAGAGAAUAAUAUAAUGUUACAUAAACAAUAUAUAUAAUAAAUAGUUUAUAUUUCAGUAA